AUGUUUUGGACACUGUUGUGCGUAAUCGUUGCGUCCUCUGCGUCCGUGCCGGCGGAUGCGCAAAUCUCCAGCCGGUAUGUGGUCGGAUGUCCAGCUCGCUGUGACAAGUCGAUGUGUCCCCGGUUACCGGCGGACUGCCCGGCGGGACAGAGCCUGGACGCCUGCAACUGCUGCCAGGUGUGCGCGUCCAGCGAGGGCGAAGCCUGCGGCGGCAUGGGGAAGCUCGGGGACCCGGUGUGCGGAGACGGGCUGGAGUGCUCUGUCCCCGGCGGGGUGGCGUACACGAUCACGAUGAGGAGGAGAAGCAAGAGCGGGACAUGCGUGUGCAAAGCCACCGAUCCGGUGUGUGGAAGCGACGGGGUGUCCUACCGGAACAUCUGCGAGCUGAAGAGGGUCAGCCGCCGGGCGCAGAAGCUGCAGCAGCCACCUGUGCUCUUCAUUCAGCGGGGAGCCUGCGGGAAAGCUCAGGACAACCCAGACAGCCCAAGACACAAAUACAACUUCAUCGCCGACGUGGUGGAGAAAAUCGCUCCGUCUGUUGUUCACAUUGAGCUUUACCGCAAGAUGACCUAUUCCAAGCGGGAGGUGGCGGUGGCCAGUGGUUCUGGCUUCAUUGUGGCCGAAGAUGGCCAGAUUGUGACCAAUGCCCAUGUCGUGGCCAACAAGCACCGGGUGAAAGUGGAGCUGAAGGGCGGCGGUUCCUAUGAUGCCAAAAUCAAAGACGUGGACGAGAAAUCGGACAUCGCCCUCAUCAAGAUCGACGCACCGGCUAAACUCCCUGUGCUGCCGCUGGGCCGAUCAUCAAACCUGAGACCAGGGGAGUUUGUGGUCGCUAUCGGCAGCCCGUUUUCCCUCCAGAACACCGUUACUACGGGGAUCGUCAGUACCACUCAGCGAGGCGGCAAAGAGCUGGGCCUCCGCAACUCCGACAUGGAGUACAUUCAGACAGAUGCCAUCAUAAAUUACGGCAACUCCGGAGGGCCUCUUGUAAAUCUGGAUGGCGAGGUGAUUGGGAUUAACACGUUGAAAGUGACAGCCGGCAUCUCCUUUGCCAUACCCUCAGACAAAAUACGAGAGUUCCUGGCAGAGUCCUAUGACAGGCAGUCCAGAGGGAGAGCUGGUGCUAAGAAGAAGUAUAUUGGUGUGAGGAUGAUGACUCUCACUCCAGCACUGGCCAAAGAGCUGAAGACUCGACACCGUGACUUCCCUGACAUCACCUCUGGAGCUUACGUUAUGGAGGUCAUCGCAAAGACACCAGCUGCAACUGCUGGACUCAAAGAGCACGAUGUCAUCAUCUCGGUCAACGGCCAGAGGAUCUCAACAGCGACUGACGUCAGUGCCGCCGUCAAGCGGGAUGGCACCUUGAGAGUAGUUGUGCGCCGUGGAAACGAGGACGCCAUCCUCACGGUUGUUCCCAUGGAGAUCGACCCUUGACCUUCCACAAAUCACACCACAGGAGCUGGAGCUAGGUUUUACUUAUCACCAGUGGACCUUAUAUUGGAGAGGGGAUUCUGCUGAUACAGCCUCAUCCUGUGGCCAAACGCUAUCGGCGCCACUCAUCCAGGAAUAUUCUGGCUUUGCCUUGAAAGAAAUGACUGAGUACAGCUCAGUACAGCUCAGCGCUGUACUUUGUUCUCCGUGUGUUUUCACUUUUAGUCUUUAAUGCUUUGAUCAAUGCUCCAACUGACUGGUCACAAACAUAAGAAGUUGGUUAUUGCCAUGUUGUUUGUAUCUACUCUCUCUUGUUUUGUGACUUUUUUCAAUAUGGACUUGUGCUCAGAGAGGCCUUCCAAUGCAAUUUCAAGCGAUCUAGAGACUCGCUGGGCUUAUCUGAUUUGUAUGAUUGUUGUUUUCUAAACUCCUUUUUUAAAGUACUGUAGAAUGUUUUUGUUGAUUAUGUAAUGUAUACUGAGAAGAAAAAUAAAGGGUUUACCUUAU